GAAAGAGCGUCCCUUGAGAAAAUUCAAAUCUCACACCCAUCCCGCUCCCUACAAAGAAGAUUCCGUCUCCCCGAAGAGCGAGAGAGAGAACGAACUUGGAUCUUGCAUAGAAAGUGUAAGAGAUCAGAUCGGUAAUUUCGCUCCGCUGGAUUCGCCUUCGAUCCGCCGCUCCAAGAUGUCUGGUCGCCACGACAAAGAGAAAGGUGUCAAUGUUCAAGUCCUCCUCCGUUGCAGGCCAUUUAGUGAGGAGGAGUUGAGGAACAAUGCUCCUCAGGUUGUGACAUGUAACGAAUUUCAAAGAGAGGUUGCUGUAUCGCAGAAUAUCGCUGGGAAACAUAUCGAUAGGGUUUUCGUUUUUGAUAAGGUGUUUGGGCCAUCUGCACAGCAGAAGGAUUUGUAUGAACAAGCAGUAGUUCCAAUUGUUAAUGAAGUACUUGAAGGUUUUAACUGUACAAUUUUUGCAUAUGGUCAGACUGGUACAGGAAAAACAUAUACAAUGGAAGGCGAGUGUAGAAGGGCAAAGAGUGGACCUAAUGGAGAUCUGCCGGCGGGAGCAGGUGUAAUCCCUAGAGCUGUGAAACAAAUUUUUGACACGCUUGAGUGUCAACAAGCUGAAUACAGUGUUAAGGUCACUUUUCUGGAGUUGUACAAUGAAGAAAUUACCGAUUUGCUUGCUCCUGAAGAAAUCUCUAAAGUUUCUCUAGAAGACAAGCAAAAGAAGCAAUUACCUCUUAUGGAGGAUGGGAAAGGUGGAGUUCUUGUUAGAGGAUUGGAAGAAGAAAUUGUGACCAGUGCUAGUGAAAUUUUCACUUUGCUUGAAAGAGGUUCUGCAAAGAGACGGACUGCAGAAACUUUGUUGAAUAAACAAUCAAGUCGAUCGCAUUCUCUUUUUUCCAUCACAAUACAUAUCAAAGAAGCUACUCCGGAAGGAGAAGAACUAAUAAAGUGUGGGAAGCUGAAUUUGGUUGACUUAGCAGGGUCUGAAAAUAUAUCACGUUCUGGUGCUAGAGAUGGCCGUGCACGAGAAGCUGGUGAAAUAAAUAAAAGUCUCCUUACUUUAGGACGAGUUAUCAAUGCUUUAGUUGAGCAUCUUGGACACAUUCCUUACAGGGAUAGUAAGCUUACCCGUUUACUACGUGAUUCACUUGGUGGGAGGACAAAGACAUGCAUCAUAGCAACAGUUUCACCUGCUGUUCAUUGUCUGGAGGAAACUUUGAGCACCCUAGAUUACGCACAUAGGGCAAAGCACAUUAAGAACAAGCCUGAGGUUAACCAGAAAAUGAUGAAAUCUACUCUAAUAAAGGACCUUUAUGGUGAGAUAGAACGGCUUAAGGCAGAGGUUUAUGCUGCACGUGAGAAAAAUGGUGUUUAUAUCCCAAAGGAUAGGUACUAUGAGGAGGAAAGUGAAAGAAAGGCCAUGGCUGAGAAGAUUGAGCAAAUGGGUGUCCAGAUCGAGAAUUAUCAAAAACAACUUGAGGAGUUACAAGACAAGUAUGUUGCUCAAGUUCGACAAUGCUCUGAUCUGACAUGCAAACUUGAUUGCACUGAGAAAAACUUAACCCAAAAAUGCAAACUCCUUGCCACCACUGAGGAGGAUUUGAAGAAGUGCAAAUAUGCCAUGAAGGAGAAAGACUUUGUUAUAUCGGAGCAGAAAAAAUCAGAAAAUGCAUUGGUUCAGCAAGCUUGCGUUUUGCAAUCCAACUUUGAAAAAGCUGUCAAGGAUAAUGCUUCGCUAUACCAAAAAAUUGGAAGAGAGGACAAACUCAGCACUGACAACAGAAAAGUGGUCAACAAUUACCAAGUGGAACUAUCUGAACAGAUUGGAAACCUAUGUAAAAUGGUUUCUUCAUGCCUUUCGCGACAAAAUGUACAUCUUCAGGGUGUUGACAAACUGUGCCAUUCUCUUUUAGAGACACAAAACAAGGCUGCUUUAGAAAUGAAGAAGAAGGUGUCAGCUUCAAGGGCUUUAUAUAGUUCUCACAUGGAGGCAGUACAGAAUGUAGUUCGCUUGCAUAAGGCAAGCUCCAAUGCUUGCCUCGAGGAAGUUUCAGCUUUGACUACUUUAAGUGCUCGUACUAUAGAAGAAUUUUUUGCAUCAGAGGAUGAGGUGGCAUCAACAUUGUUUGACGAACUGCAGGGUGCACUUUCGUCUCACCAAGUUGAAACGGCUCUUUUUGUGAGAGAACUGAGACAGAAGUUCCUGGCGACUAUUGAAAAAACACAUGAGAUGGCUGAGUAUGCAAAUGGGUUUUUCCAGAAGCUUAUGGAAGAGUCUAAGAUUGCUGAGGAUCAUUCUUCACACGCGAACGAAACCCAAAUAAAAAAUAUUGUCGAUUUCCAGAAGGCUUACCAGGCUCAGUCAAAAUCUGAUGGAGAGAAGCUAAUAGCUGAGUUGACUAAACUAGUCUCCAACCACAUUCAACGUCAACAUGAACUGGUUGAUUUAAAACUCCUUGGCCUCAGAGAGGCCGUCUCUUCCAACAAAACUUUCUUGGAUGGACACGUCUCCGCUUUAAACAAUUUGGCUACCGAUGCAAAAAGAAAAUGGGAGACAUUUUCGAUGCAAGCUGAGAGUGACGCCAAAGAAGGCGCUGAUUAUUCUGCCGCAAAACAUUGUCGUAUGGAGUUACUCCUUCAGCAAUCUAUGAGUCACGCUGAAUCAGCUUUGAAGCACUGCAAUAUAACUCACGAAUCUGUGAAAAUGAUGGGCAGUAAACAUGUUACAGAAGUUUCUUCACUUGUUAGGACGGCUUGCGAUAGUAAUGAGCAGCAUGACGCGGAAGUGGAUUCUGCAAAGUUUGCAGCCGAGCAAGAUGCAGCCAAGAACAACAAUGAGAUAAUCCAACAUAUUGAUCGCCUGUCAGAAAAUCAACAAGUCUCGGUAUCCCAAAUUAUGGGAACUGUCAGUGCUCAUGAAGAAUCCCUGGAAAGUUUCCGACACGACCACUCUUGCCAAACCUUGUCCAUUAAGGACAAUGCACAAGAAACUUUCAAAUCAAGAUACAUGGACUAUGAUCCCACCGGAACAACACCGAUAAGAACCGAGCCGGAAGUUCCAAGCCGAGGGACGAUUGAAUCAUUACGAGCAAUGCCAAUGGAGGCAUUACUUGAAGAGUUCCGCGAGAACAACUCGUACGAUUCCUUUGAGGUAAAGGAACCAAAACAGCAACAGCUAACACGAUCACCUCUCUCACAGAUCAACUGGAAAGUAGGAACAUGAUAGAAAUUAGGGUUUCCAUCGGGAUUCAGUGUAGGACAGAACAGAGCAGCUCUCUGUUCCUCUCUCUCGACUUGGAGAAAAGCAGAAAAACCAGUGUCUGUAUCACUAUUAAUUUGUGUACACAUUUUGUUUCGGGAAUUCAGUUAGAAGAUAAAAAAAGGGUUUGAUGCUGUCUGUUUUGUUUCUGGUGUUGGGAUUUCAGGACCAGAAGUGAACCCCAAAGAAGUGGGGAGCAAGUAGUUUGCCGUUAGAUUCUGUCAGAAACACAACUUGUGUAACUUAUUUUAUGAUUUAACAUUAGUUUCACUUGGAAUUUUCCA